AUGGCUCCACGAUAUCUCCAAGUCUCACAAAGAGACUCGCGCCGGGACAGCACCUCGAUCAUCUCUCCCACGGGCUCGCCGCCCAAGACGGCUCUACAUGGCUCGCCGUCUACGGCAUCCGACGGCAUAUCACCCCGAGCCUCUCCUCAAACACAGUUCGCCAACUGGAACAACAACAUGGGUCCCCGUACCCCUCCCCAGCCUUCGUCGCAACCACAACACCUGGCCACAACAACCCUCAAAGUGGAAGGCAUGACAUGCGGCGCCUGCACUUCAGCUGUAGAAUCCGGCUUCACCCACGUGGGUGGUGUUGGCAGCGUGUCUGUCAGCCUGGUCAUGGAGCGUGCCAUUGUCAUGCACGAUGCUUCCAUAAUCUCGGCCGACCAAGUAUGCGAAAUCAUCGAAGACCGAGGCUUCGAUGCUACCCUUCUCAGCACCGACUUGCCCGCACCAACACUAGACGACAUUGUCGAGGAAGAGUCAGAUCAAGACACCAUGGGCCUCGGCAUUACAUCUUCCUCGUCCGGCCUGAUGACUACAACCGUAAGCGUAGGUGGUAUGACAUGCGGCGCAUGUACCUCUGCGGUAGAGGGCGCUUUCAAAAGCCUUGCUGGAAUCAAGAGCUUCAAUAUCUCCUUGCUGUCCGAGAGAGCCGUCAUUGAGCACGAUUCCAAAUUGAUCAGCGCCGACACCAUCGCUGAGACCAUCGAAGACACUGGGUUUGAUGCUUCCAUCGUCGAUUCAAAGCCAUCAGAGCCCGUACGGACCAAGAUGCUACCUUCAGCCAGAAGGCAGAGUAGGAAGAACGACGUGCUAUUCACGACUAUCGUUGCAAUCGAAGGCAUGACAUGUGGCGCAUGUACUUCCGCAGUGACAAGCGGUUUUAACGACGUUCCUGGCCUCUUGAAGUUUGACAUUAGUCUGCUUGCCGAGAGGGCUGUCAUAUUGCACGAUCCUACGAAACUUUCUCCAGAGAAAAUCGUCGAGACCAUCGAAGACUGUGGCUUUGAUGCCAAGGUUCUGACUUCACGGGAAGAAGGAGCUUCUCGUUCAAGGAGAGCAAGUAGCACUGUAGAAUUGAAGCUGUUUGGCCUCCAGACUGCCGAAGCAGCUUCCGCUCUCGAAGCCACACUCAAGAAACGAAAGGGAAGCACAGCUGUCAAGAUUGAUUUCAAAACUGGCAGGGCGUCGGUCGCAUAUGAUCCAACACAGACUGGACUUCGUGCGAUUGUCGAGUCGAUCGAGCAUGAAGGUCUCAAUGCCUUGACUGCCGAGAACGACGACAACAAUGCCCAGCUGGAGUCGCUUGCAAAAACAAAAGAGAUUCAAGAGUGGUCACGGUCAUUCAAGAUAUCCCUUCUUUUCGCUAUUCCAGUCUUCCUUACCACUAUGAUUUUCCCCAUGUUCAUCAAGCCCCUGGAUUAUGGAAGCAUCAAACUUCCCUUGAUACCUGGGUUGUGGCUUGGAGACGUUGUCUGUCUGAUCCUUACCAUACCGGUCCAAUUUGGUAUAGGUAAGCGAUUCUACAGAUCUGCCUACAAGUCUCUCAAGCACGGCUCGCCGACCAUGGAUGUUCUUGUCGUGUUAGGAACGUCGGCAGCGUUCUUCUUCAGCUGCGCCGCCAUGCUAGUUUCAAUCUUUACGUCGCCCCAUUCAAGACCUGCCACAACAUUUGAUACGAGUACAAUGCUUAUCACCUUCAUUAUGCUUGGCCGAUUCCUCGAGAAUAGAGCCAAAGGACAGACUUCGGCGGCCUUGUCUCGCUUGAUGAGUCUGGCACCAUCAACUGCUCUCAUUUACACGGACCCGAUUGCAGCACAAAAGGCCGCUGAUGAGUGGGAUGGUGACAAUGAGAAGUCUGAAAAGAACUCGCCAAGUGGUGCGCUCGAGGAGAAGACCGUACCUACAGAACUGCUCGAAGUCGGUGAUGUGGUCAUUCUCAAGCCCGGCGACAAAGUCCCAGCCGAUGGUACCGUCAUUCGUGGCGAUAGCUAUGUCGACGAGAGUAUGGUCACUGGGGAGGCAAUGCCCAUUCUCAAGACGAAAGGAAAGAAUCUCAUGGCAGGUACUGUCAAUGGUGCAGGCAGACUCGACUUCCAGGUCACGAGAGCUGGUCGCGAUACACAACUCAGCCAGAUCGUCAGACUUGUUCAAGAAGCCCAGACCAGCCGUGCUCCCAUCCAACGUAUGGCCGAUGUGGUCGCCGGCUACUUUGUCCCUAUAAUCAUUACUCUUGGACUGGCUACCUUCACGGCCUGGAUGAUCUUGAGCCAUGUCCUGCAAACACCACCCACUAUCUUCACUAAGGAUACCAGUGGUGGGCCCCUGAUGGUCUGCGUCAAGCUCUGUAUUGCGGUCAUUGUGUUUGCUUGUCCGUGUGCGCUUGGUCUUGCAACCCCUACAGCUGUUAUGGUUGGUACUGGAGUUGGAGCUGAGCAAGGCAUCCUCAUCAAGGGUGGAGCAACUUUGGAAACGGCCACCAAGGUGACCCACAUCGUUCUUGAUAAGACCGGCACCCUGACCAUGGGUAAGAUGAGCGUGUCCCGAUCAGACGUGCAAGGCGGCUGGACCGUCGACGCUGCCAAACUCCGUCUCUGGUGGACGAUCAUCGGACUCGCCGAGAUGGGCAGCGAGCAUCCUAUUGCACGUGCAAUUACGAGCGCAGCUAAAUCACAUCUCGGACUUGGAUCAGACGGCACACUCGAUGGCAGUGUAGGCGACUUUGUCUCUACUGUUGGCAAGGGCAUCUCAGCGUCUGUGGAAGCAGCCAUCUCGCCUGAACGCAAGCGCUACAAUGUCAUGAUCGGUAACACCUCAUACUUGCGGUCCCAGGGCGUGGCGGUUUCUGAUGACGCGGACGACACCAAUGACUACGAAGCCAGUAAUGAUGCGAAUUCGAAGCAGCAAUCUGCUGGUGUCACAACCAUUCACACUUCGAUUGAUGGAAUAUACACAGGCCCUCUGUCUCUCUCCGACACUCUCAAGCCUUCAGCCCCCGCCGCGAUCUCUGCUCUCCAGCGUAUGGGUAUCACUUGCUCGAUCGUCACUGGCGACCAGGCGAGCACAGCAUAUUACGUAGCCAAUCUCCUCAACGUCCCCAAGCACAACGUCCACGCUGGCGUGCUUCCUAGUGGCAAGCGCGAGAUUGUGGAAGAGCUUCAGGCCCGAGGCAUCAUUGUAGCCAUGGUGGGCGACGGUAUCAACGACUCCCCUGCUCUUGCAACUGCAGAUGUCGGUAUAUCGCUCGCUUCGGGUACAGACGUCGCCAUUGAAGCUGCAGAUGUUGUUCUCAUGCGACCGGAUCAUCUUCUCGACAUACCCACUUCUCUGGCAUUGUCCCGCGCCAUCUUCCGUCGUAUCAAGCUGAACCUGAUCUGGGCUUGCGUGUACAAUUUUGUUGGCUUGCCCAUUGCGAUGGGUUUCUUCCUGCCCUGGGGGCUCUCUUUACCGCCCAUGGCCGCUGGUGCAGCAAUGGCAUGUUCUAGCGUUACGGUUGUAGUGUCGAGUCUUUUGCUCAAGCGCUGGAAGCCCCCGAGGGACAUUAGAAAUGCUGCCGCCAAAGAAGUCGGUGAAGCAGACUUGUUCGCAGAUGUCGGCACUUCGGUUCAGAGCCGAGGUGUGAGUGACUGGAUGCAAGGGCUUGUUGGUGUAGUCAGAGGAAAACGAGGAGAUCGUAACGCCGAUAGAGGUGCCUAUGUGCCUCUACAGAGAUUUGAGGAGGUGUAG